AUGGAGGCAAAUCCGAAGAACGUCUUCACGAUUAAAGUGGAGGACGGGAAACCUGGGAAGGACGGCCAGCUGGCGGUAGGGCCGGUGUUCCGGAGCGUGCUGGCCAAGGAUGGAUUCCCACAACUUGAGCCUGACAUGCAAACAUCAUGGGAUGUGUUCAGGGUAGCAGCAGGCAAGUAUCCCGACAACCGGAUGCUGGGAUGGCGUCCGUUUAAAGAUGGAGUGCCAGGGCCCUACUUGUGGAAAUCAUACAAGGAGAUCUAUGAUGAGGUGCUGCAAGCUGGCUCUGCUUUGCAGCAGCUGGGAGUGAAACCAGGUUCCCGGGUUGGAAUCUACGGAGCAAACUGUCCUCAGUGGAUAGUGGCAAUGGAGGCUUGCAAUGGCUAUAGUCUAAUCUGUGUCCCACUAUAUGAUACUUUAGGUGCAGGAGCUGUUGACUACAUCAUUGAUCAUGCUGAGAUUGAUGUUGUGUUCAUACAGGACAAGAAAAUAAAAGAGGUACUAUCCCCAAAUUGCAAGUCUGCUAAGAGGCUAAAAGCAUUGGUGGCAUUCACUUCGGCAACAAGUGAACAAAUCAAAGAAGCAGAUAAUAUUGGGAUGAAAAUGUACGCCUGGAAUGAUUUCUUAAAAGUGGGAAAGGAUAAUCCUUGUCAACCUUGCCCUCCACAAGCAAGUGAUUUAUGCACUAUCAUGUAUACAAGUGGAACAAGCGGACAGCCCAAAGGUGUGAUGCUGACCCAUGAAAGCCAUGCCAUGUAUGUAAAAGGGGUGAACCUCUUUAUGGAUCAGUUUGAUGAUAAGAUGACAACAGAUGAUGUCUUUCUAUCGUUUCUCCCACUUGCUCACAUCCUUGACCGCAUGAUCGAAGAGUAUUUCUUUCACAAAGGGGCCUCAAUUGGCUAUUACCAUGGAGAUUUGAAUGCCUUGAGGGACGAUAUCGUGGAGCUAAAGCCAACUUUACUGGUUGGGGUGCCCCGAGUGUACGAAAGAAUUUAUGAAGGUAUCUUAAAGGCCAUUUCUGAACUCAGACCUCUAAGAAGGGUAAUUUUUAAUGCUUUGUACAAUCGCAAACUGGCAAGCAUGAAAGCAGGCUACUCGCACAAAACUGCUUCACCUUUUGCAGACAUGCUGGCUUUUCGCAAGGUCAAGGCAAGGCUUGGAGGUCGUCUUCGCUUAUUAAUUUCAGGAGGGGCUCCACUAAGUAAUGAGAUUGAAGAGUUCAUGCGAGUGACCACCUGUGCAUACUUUAUCCAAGGCUAUGGUUUAACAGAAACACUGGGACCUAGCACUGUCUGCUACAUUGAUGACAUGGCCCUGGUUGGAAGUGCUGGCGUACCUGCCACCUACACUGAAAUACGACUGGAAGAAGUACCCGAGAUGGGCUAUGAUCCACUUGGUGUCCCUUCACGUGGUGAAGUCUGCAUCCGAGGGAAAUCUCUGUUCGCUGGGUACUACAAAAGUCCAGAACUCACAAACGAAGCAAUAUUUGAUGGAUGGUUUCAUACAGGUGACAUUGGAGAGAUGACCCCAGACGGAAUCCUGAAGAUAAUUGACCGAAAAAAGAACAUAUUUAAGUUGUCACAAGGGGAGUAUGUUGCAGUUGAGUACCUGGAGAAAGUGUAUGGCUUCCCUCCACUUGUUGAAGAUAUCUGGGUAUAUGGGGACAGUUUCAGAUCAAGUUUAGUUGCAGUAGUCAAUCCACACGAAGAAAACACAAUGAAGUGGGCAGAGUCCAAUGGCUAUAAGGGUUCUUUUGCUGAAAUCUGCAAACUUGAAGGACUUAAAGAGUACAUCCUGAAAGAGCUGACAGCUGUUGCACAGAAGAACAAGCUACGAGGUUUUGAGUACAUCAAAGGCAUAGUGUUGGAUCCUGUACCUUUUGACAUUGAAAGGGAUUUGGUGACUGCAACAAUGAAGAAGAAAAGAAAGAAUAUGCUGAACUAUUACCAGUCUGAGAUUGACGCAGUAUACAAAAAGCUGGAGGCACAGAAGAAUGCUGCCAGAGUUAAGUGA